AUGGAGUUUUUAUGGAGAUUAAGUGUUGCGAUUUUGAGGAUGAGAUACGGUUUUGAGGAGUUUUUAUGGAGUUCUUCGUUCUGGGCAGCGAUGGUUCUUCGUUUCUUCGUUCUGGAAGAAAACACACUACUCACGAUAUAUAUUCAUUAUCAUUACCUUUCAUCUCAUGCAAUUUCACUUCUUCACAAUCUCAUAUCUGAUCUCUCUCCCUAUUGCUUUUCUAUAAUCACUUUAUACUUGAUAAUACUUGCAAGUGUUCUAAAUUUUGGGGGUUUAGAAACUAUUAAGUGGAUGACAAGUGAUUAUUUUGACCAAUGGCUCUCAUUUGCUAAUAUAUCAACUAUGAUUUCCUUGAUUAAACAUGAUAAGCGUCAAGGUGCACGAUCAUCCAACCAACUUCGACAAAACAUCAAUUUUUACGACGGUCGUAACCGUGGCUAAUUGUGAAGGUGAGUAAAUGCUAUAUAAAUAUGUUUUGUGCAAAAUUUUGAUGCAUGAAAUAAGUGAUUACUUAUGGUGAUGUACCCAUAUGUUAAAAUGGAGAAUUGUAUGCUCAUACAUUUCAUGGUUAUGUGGCUACCGGAGAUGAGUUACGAAGUGCACACCGGAGAGGUGGCACGGGGUGCAUGUCCAAGAGGGAACCACCUUAUCCCGUAGUGGAUCAUUGAGUCUAAUUGAUGGAUAAAUACCUAUAAUCUUAGUUGCGCUAAAUCCUGAAGCGAUACCACGACCCUUUGCAGAGGGAUUGGCAUUCCGGAAUCAUAUGCAUUAAUAUAUAGACAUUGUAUUAGGAAUGAGUCUUAAGUAUGCUAUAUGUAUUAUUGUUGUAAAUGUUUAUAUACAUGUGUUAGAAUGAGAUCUCUAGCCACGUAUAAUGUAUCCUCUGUUUAUGCUUGUUGUUUCGCUAUUGUAUAUUUGUUAAUUUUGGAUUGAUGACCCUUUUAGUGGAUUGUGUGGGCUAUACGCCAAUAGAUUAUGACGACUCCAAGACACUGGGGGAUGACUUCGUCGAAGACGAUGGAAUUCAGCUUUUCUGAUACAUGGAUUGAUGUGUCCUGGGGGUUUAACCUGGCCCUAGGACAACUUUCAUAUACCGCGAGCGUAAUGGAGACCACGACUAUUGUGAGACAGGAUCCGGAGACUACUUAUUCUCGCCGAACUCUGACCUUUUCGAUCCCACCCUUGUUGAUAAUCUCCAGCUUCCUCUUAAGGGAGAUUGAUCAUUUGGGAUUGUUGACCUACCCUCCAGGCCCCACCUGGACCCUCAUACGCCCCAGUUGGGGAAGGGUGGCCGUCUUUUUAUGAUAUACUCAUGCCCUCCCCAAACUUAGAUAUCUCGCUAGGACCACCAUCGACUUUCACUCGCGAUGUUUUUCCCGUGGGUGAGCUCCCCCAUAUUGAUCCAGCACAAGUGCCGUCACUUGAGUUAGUCGUUGGCGAGACAGAUGAUAACGACACUAAGGAUGACCCAUUAUAGCAUGAUUAUGAGAUUGGAUACGAUGAGGAUGGAUCCGAUCACACUUUAUCGAGCGCUUAUAGUGGGUUAUGUGGAGCCGGGGCAAGAGAGUAUUUUGGGUGUAGAUAGGUUUCGGUCAUCCUAGGUAGAGCGCAACAUAUAUAGAUGGUAGGAUUGCCUUUGUUCUAGAUAGCAGGUUUCUAGUACUUACUACAUGGUCCAAACUUUUCUCCUUGGGGCAGCUCUCCUGCGUGAGUGUCUGCCGAGGGCUUUUAUUUCGUCGUUUAUUUUGGAUUGUAUCAUAACCACUAUCUUCACUUUAUAUCGUAUGACGCGUUGUCGUCUAU